GGGCGCCAUUUUGAAUACCCUCCUACUGCGUCCAUUACGGUAGUGUUUGCGCUCGUGCUGGAUUGUCGUGUUUGCCAAACUGUGCUGCUGCGAUGUGAAAGAUUUCCUCCCACACCGGGGAUCGUGUAUCUCAUUUCUCUCCUAAAAGUACAAGCUCCUUCUCUACACCAUGGCUUCCAAACCUCCGCUCAUGAAAAAACACAGUCAGACCGACUUAGUUAGCCGCCUCAAAACACGCAAAAUCUUGGGUGUUGGAGGAGAAGAUGACGAUGGCGAAGUUCACAGAUCAAAGAUCAGUCAGAUGUUGGGUAACGAAAUUAAGUUUGCUGUACGAGAACCGAUAGGACUCAGACUCUGGAUCUUCAUAUCCGCAGUCUUGUUCACAGCAACCUCUUUAGUGGCCUUGGCUUUCCCUAGUCAGCUCUACGAGAUUGUCUUUGAGCUUGCCACCGCUAGGGUCUCCAUCCGACUCUACGGAGGAGCUCUUCUGAGUAUCUCGUUAAUCUUGUGGAAUGGCCUCUACACAGCAGAGAAAGUCAUCAUACAGUGGACUCUGCUCACUGAAGCGUGUUACUUGGGUGUACAGUUUCUCGUGACGUCCGUCUCGCUCCUGGAGAUAGGCGCGCUGUCCAAUGGAGCCGCUCUCCUCCUCCUCAGCGACGCCGUGUUCCUCCUCAUCACCCUGUCCUACUACAGUCAGCUCAGCCGCCGGCCCAAGAAGAUCUGAGACCCACUGACACGUGUGUGUGUGUGUGUGUGUGUGAAUGCAGUGACAGUAUAAUACUGAGUGCACAUUACAGGAUUUUCUUGACAUGUUUACAAGAACAGUGACUCAGGUCACAUGGUUAAUUUUGUUAUUACACAAAUUCAUCUUGAUAGUUAUUGCAUCUACGUAAAAGUUUCGUUAAAAAGGAAUGUAUUAACAAGAAAAGUGUUAUACAUUACAAAAAGUGGAGAUUUUAACAUCCAAACAGUUGCAUGCAAGAGCAAAAAUGAUAUGCUCUGAAGUUUAGUGUAAGAUUUAGUUUCUGAACAGUUUCUCGCUGUGAACAUUGUCGUAAUCUAGUCAUCUGAUGACACUUUGCGACGCUGACGUUUUAUUAACCUAAACGUCGUUGGUAAAUAAGUGAACCAUCUCAGAAAUGUUGUGUUUGUUUUGGAGUGAUUAGAGCUACAGUUGUCUUUUUUUUUUGCUCUACAUCGUCUCUUUGACUCCCUCGUCUCUGAGCAAGAUCUGUUUUUAGGAUUAGCUUUUAAACACCAGCCUGCUAACCUACUUCUGCUUCUGCUUCAUCCAGCCGAGAGCUUCUGUACUACAUGACGUGAAUUUGACCAACAUGACUCUUCCCACACUAGGAGACAUCAGGAGCUUAAUAUCAGCACUUAAUAACAAGAUUUGUUUCAGUCUCAGGCAUUUAAAUAGAAUUAAUCAAGACUCCUGAUUCACGUAGAUGCAAUAACAAGACACAAACUUUGGAAAGUAAUUCGCUUUAAGUCCUCUGGGCCAAACCAAACUAACAAAAAAAACCUAAACGAAACUUGUUUGUCGAUAGCAGCGCUUUAUUCUACAAUGUUGAUAGUUUAAGCAUUUAAGACGAAUGAGGUUUGCUUUUCGAACUCUCAUAACGUUCCAGACUGAAUACUCAGGUGUAUAGGACCAAAUCUGUGUGAUCAUUUCCUCAAACACUUUGACAGUCCUGUAAAUCAACAACACCUCAAUUUGAUAGAAAAGCAAUUGCAUUAUUUGGAAGUGGUGGAGUGAAAGACUGAAAAACACCACCAAGACUCAGCUGUAAUGCAACCACUCAGUGGAAAAGGAGGCCAAAACUUACAGAAAAAGCUUACAGGUUUGUACACACUCAGUGUGCUGACAUAAAAAAAUUAAACAGAAAUGAAACCAA